CCACCUAAGUAGGAUAGAUAUAAUGCGCAAACCAAAAAUGGUUGGCCCAUCCCAUCUGAAACCUCUGCAAUUUCUUUACAAUAUCUCAGUGAAAGCUCCCCAGUACCCAAAUCCAAGCUCCAUGAAAAUCAAAUCCAUAGUUCAGUCUCACAUCCUCAGACAUGUCUGGAGAAUUGUGGGUUCCGUAACUAAAGCCAAGUCUAAGCUCUUUGAAAUCAUCAAAGAGAAGAGACCUGACUACUACAUUGAGAGCAUCAACAAGAGCAUAAGAAACAAGAAGAAGAUCAAGAGGCAGAAGAAGCUGUUUGGUUCAAUUACAGCUCACUACAACUGGUGUUCUUCACAUGUGGGACCUAUGCCUAUGUCUGAGCCUUCCAUGGAUCAUGGGUUCAGUGCUGGCCAUGGCUACUAUGAUUCUACAUGGAACUCUGUUAUCCCUGAAUGUGAAGAUGGAAUGGAGUCUCAAUUAUCAGGUUACCUUCAAUGGCUUGAAGAAAAAGUCCCAGAUAGUUCAGCAGUUGAUACAGAGGUUGAUGAUGAGAUUGAUCGACUCGCCGCCAAGUUUAUUGCAAGUUGUCAUGAGAAGUUUAGAUUGGAGAAGCAAGAGUCUUACAGGAGAUACCAAGAAAUGAUGGCUAGAAGCAUGUGACUCUGUGAGAGUCAUACUCUGUUUCUCUUUGUGUUCCAUUGGUGUAUGGUUUCAGAAAAUUGGUUAGGUUGGGUUUGAUGGGUUGAGUUUUCUUUUCUUUUCCUGUAAACUUCUUCCCUUUAUGGGUUUGGAAGAACUGUUACUGUUCUGCAGAAAUUAUGCAGUUUCAGAGUAUAAUGAGUGAAUGAGCUUCUAUGGCCCUCAGCAAA